CAGCCAGCUGCGAGAUGCCUAGAUGGACAGGGCGAGAGGGGGAGCUCUGUCUCUCUGUCCCUCCCUCUCUACCCUCCCUCCCUUCCUCCUGGCUCUCUGUCUCCCUCCCUCUUUCUCCUCGGAAGCUGAAGAGCCGGUGAGGUGGUGGCAGCAGCAGCAGCAGGAGCAGCAGCAGCAGCAGCAGCAGCAGGAGCAGCAGCAGCCGCCGCCACAGCCGCCCGAGCAGUAGCUGCAGCCGCCAACAGCUCUCUCCUUCUCUUUCCCUCUUUCCCUCCCUCCCUCCUGUGUUGUGAGUGUGACGCGGGGUGGCGGAGAGGCAGAUAGGGAGAGAGACGGUUCUUGGACUUAGCCCGGGAGAGGAGCGAAGCCUGCGAUCAGGACUCGGGGCUCCGAACUCCGAGACGCUGGGAGCCGAGUGCAGGAAGGGAGGGAGCGAGCGAGCGAGAGAGUGAGCGACCGCAGCAGUUGUGGGGAGGCAGAGCCCCCGGGCACAGAGCUUCAGGGGGAUCCAGGCUCCGGACAGACCCCAGGAGCCGCUGGUAGCCAGCAGAGCGCGGGCUCCUGAGCUCUGGGGACCCGAGGGCAGAGCUUGGAGCUGGGGAAACGGGCAGACAGCCGGUAGCCGUAGACAGACGUCAGUCUCCCGCCGGGGAGCUUUGGACUCUGAGAACAGCGGCGCCGGGAGCCUGGAGAGCAGGGAGCGAGCGAGCGUCCCUCGAUCUAAUCGGAGGAGCAGCAGCACCCCUCACCCCACCCCCCACUCGGCCCCCUCCAUACCCCUCCCCACUCCUAGACGUGGUUGGGGGCAUGUGAGCUGGAAGCCGCGGCAACCGGCGGCGAUCAUCCCGAGGGAGAAGCCCUGCCCCAGUGAAGGACGGAGCUGGAGCCGGAGCCGGGAGAGUAGAUGUCCAUGAGGAGCCCCAUCUCUCCCCAGCUGGCACUCGAUGGCAUUGGGACCAUGGUGAACUGUACUGUCAAAGCUGAAGAAAAGAAGGAGAUAUGCCAGGAGGCCCCAGCUGGCCAGCAGGUGUCAGCCCCUGCUGUGGAGCCCUUGACUGGAGACCCGGCCCGGGCCCCCCAGGAUGGAGCUGACUCUAGUGGCCCACCCCAGGACUGCGGAUCCCCAAGGAGUGAUGGCCCCCCAGAACCUAAGAGAUCAGGGCCCGAGCCAGCCACUGGGAGCCAAGAAAAGCUGGAUUUCAAUCGGAAUUUGAAAGAAGUUAUGCCCACCAUUGAGAAGCUUCUGUCCAGUGACUGGAGAGAGAGGCUUCUGGGAAGGAGCACUGUGGAAACCAAAGAUGUCAAAGGGACCCAAGAAAGCCUGGCAGAAAAGGAACUUCAGCUCCUGGUCAUGAUCCAUCAGCUGUCCACUCUUAGGGACCAGCUACUAACAGCUCAUUCAGAGCAGAAGAAUAUGGCCGCCAUGUUGUUUGAGAAACAGCAGCAACAGAUGGAGCUAGCCAGGCAGCAGCAAGAGCAGAUAGCAAAGCAGCAGCAGCAACUCAUCCAGCAACAGCACAAGAUCAACCUCCUCCAGCAGCAGAUACAGCAGGUCAACAUGCCUUACGUCAUGAUCCCUGCAUUUCCUCCCAGCCACCAGCCCAUGCCUGUCACCCCUGACUCCCAGCUGGCACUACCUAUUCAGCCCAUCCCUUGUAAACCAGUGGAGUACCCGCUGCAGCUGCUGCACAGCCCCCCUACCCCUGCUGUGAAGAGGCCUGGGGCCGUCUCUACCCAUCACCCUCUCCAGGAGUCUUCACAGCCUCUGAACUUGACAGCCAAGCCCAAAGGUCCGGAGCUGCCCAACACCUCUAGCUCUCCCAACCUGAAGAUAAGCACCUGUGGUCCCCUCCCUACCAAUCAUGGGGCUCCCACCCGUGACCUCCAGGCCAGCCCACCCAGCCUACCCCUAGGCUUUCUGGGUGAGGGCGAUGCCAUCACCAAAGCUAUCCAGGAUGCCCGACAGCUGCUGCAUGGCCACAGUGGGCCUAUUGAGAGCUCUCCUAAUGCCUCUUACAGGAAGGACCUCAUCAACCUGGAGUCAUCCCCAGCCAAGGAUCGGCUGGAGGAGAACUGUGGCCACCAGCUGGAUGAGACCAUGCUGAGCUGUGACAUGGAUGGCUCCCGCCACUUCCCUGAGUCCCGGAACAACAAUCACAUUAAGAGGCCCAUGAAUGCUUUCAUGGUGUGGGCCAAGGAUGAACGUCGAAAGAUCCUCCAGGCCUGUCCUGACAUGCAUAACUCCAGUAUCAGCAAGAUUCUUGGCUCCCGCUGGAAGUCCAUGACAAACCAGGAGAAGCAGCCGUACUACGAGGAGCAGGCAAGGCUGAGCCGCCAGCACCUGGAGAAGUAUCCCGACUAUAAAUAUAAGCCUCGGCCCAAGCGCACGUGCAUUGUGGAGGGCAAGAGACUCCGCGUGGGAGAAUACAAGGCUCUGAUGCGGAACCGGCGCCAGGACGCGAGGCAGAAUUACGUGAUCCCCCCGCCAGGCAAUCAGAUGCAGAUGAGCUCCCCAGAUGUCCUGUACCCCAGGGCCCCCGGAAUACCAUUGGCACAGCCCCUUCUGGAGCAUUACGUGCCCCGGAGCCUGGACCCCAGCAUGCCUAUCAUUGUCAACACCCGAAGCCUUAAGGAGGAGAAUGAGGGAGCUGAAGAUGGGCACUCCGUAGCUGAUGGGGAGAUGUUCCGGUACAGCGAGGAAGAAGAUUCCGAAGUGGAGGAGAAGAGUGAUGGAGAGCUGGUGGUGCUUACAGACUGAGCUGGGCUCAGGGGGUCAUGCCCUCUCACCAACCCCCCCCCAGCAUAUCUUUAAAGGGGGAGGGAGAAGGCUAAAAUGGGCUUUUCCCCUGCCCCUUUCAGGCACCACUGGCUGACCUGGACUGUGUAGGGACCUUGAUGUGUCCGGGACAUGGGCACUACUGUGCAUAUGUAUAUACAUCUAUGCAGGGGAAGUGGGAUCAGGAAAGGCUGAGUCCUGCUCUAGGAUCUUUGGCCUAGAGCAUCCUCUCCUCUCCUGGGGUGCUUCAGAGCCAACAGGGUUGGUGUGGACUUUAGGAAAACAGGGGGACACCUGGCCCAGCUUCCUGUCAUCAACCAAGUAAUGUCACAAGUCCCAUGAUAUUCACACUUAGGAGGUUAUUGUAUGACUCCUUAUUCCCUCCCCAUUUGGGGUCCUGGUUGCUGCAGUCCCCUCCCCCGUGCCCCUCUCGUUUCAUCUCCCUUGAUCUGCUGGAAGGGGGAGUAUAUAUUUUGUGUGUCCCUUUUAUCCAUCUGCUUCCCACUCUCCACUCUAUCCAUGCCCCAUGUCUGGGGUAACAUACCUCCUCAUUCAUUCUACAUCAGCUUCCUGCAGGGCUUUCCCUACCCCCCCCCCCACCGUGGGUCUUUUCCCAGGGUCUAUGUCUGCUUGGUGUGAAUGAGCCCAAGGCUGUGUGUGUGUGUGUCUCUUGUCUGUCUGCCUUUCUCCUUGACUUCCCCAUCCUCUCCUUCCUUUCCACUGGCCCAUCUCUGUCUUGACGUGUCCAGCCUGUGUGGGUAUCUCUGUGGGCGUGUUGGGGGCAUGAGCACAUUGACCCACGUGGCCCCAUUCUGGGGGAUUCCAGAGGGGAGGUUUAUUUCUGUGCCUCUCCCACUUUUCCGACUCUUGGAUAUCUCGGUCCAAGAGCAUCAUUAGACUCUUUGCCUUUCUGUUGCUCUCUGGGGCUCUCAGGUUCUCUUUCUCUUUUCGUUUCUGUUUCUCUCUUUCCCCGGUCUCUGUUUCCUUAUCGAUUUGCUCCUCCCUGGCAGGAUGCCCCUCCCUUUCUGGAGCCACCCUCUGUGUCUGGACAUCUCUGUGUGUCUUUGGGUCUCAGUGUUUGGAGCUAUCAGCCACCCUGACCUCCUUCCUCUCCUGUGCACUGACUGCCAGUUAAUUCCCACGGAGCCAUUUUUAGCUCUGAGAUGCAUGAGAACGCAGCCUCUCCAAGGGGUUACCCAGCCCCCUAGCCCUAGGCUGCCCAACUUAGGCCCUGGUUCCCAGCAGAAGGGAGCAGGGGGGGGAAGGGAAAUGGGACUUUCUCCAGUGCCCUGGAAGCUGGGAUCUCGGGGAACUGGCUGAGGCCAGAAAGGCAGGUGCUGGAAGAGGUCGACUACCGGCGUCAUUUGCUCCUGGCCCCUGCCGGAUACACAAGGUCAGUUUGGACAAGGUUGGAAUGAUGGGCAUCAAAGAUUGCCCAAGGUGGCUGAGGCUGCUUCCAGAACUGGCUGGCCCUACUGGCCUGGGAAGGGAAGGGUAUGUAUGUGUGUGAGUCACUUUGUUUAUUUGGGGGGGGAGAUGAGGCGCCUCAGUUGCCCUUUCCUCCCCUUCUUUCCCUUGGCUACAGUCCUUCCCUAUUCCUUUCUCCACACUCACCCUCCACCCCCUUGCCAUUGACCCCACCCCUUGGCUGGGGGACUUGACUUUGCCCAUGAUCAGUCUCUCAUUUUAUUUAUUUAUUUCCACCCCCAAGAAAGUCACAUCCCAUUGGAGAGGAACACUGAGGGGGCAGGGAGAGAGCUCUGGGGUCAGGAGGAGGGGACUCAAUCCAGCUGGGACAGAUGUGGAAACCAAGCCUCCCCUUUGUCCCACCCGCCCCCUCCCCCCAGCCACUUUCCCAAGCCCCCUUCUCUCUCCAGGGUUAUUCCUUUUUUAUGACUGUAAACAUAGAUAGGGCUUUAUUUUGUUAAUAAGAUGAUGACGAGUAACUUAACCUGUAUAUUUCUCCUGACCUGUUUACAAUCUGGGGAUUUUUUUUUUCCGGUUGGCACAAUAAAGAGAGAACAUUUUGGAUCCUUGCCCUGGCACAGAGAUGGAGUGGGAAAAAUAAGGGUCAUGCUGGGGGAAAACCAAACCCAGGCACUAUGGAUGACUUGGUGACACUAACCAGAAUUUUAAGAUUAGUAGUGACUUGGGGUAAAGAACCUUCCAUGUAUUAGCAUAGCAAAACCAAUUCCUAUAAAGAAAAGGCAAAUAUCCCCCUCCUGAACCACCACUACCCCACAGAGUUCACUCCAGAGGACACUU